AUGCGGCUGUCGGCUCACGGAGCCAAGAACGUCCACCGAUUAUUGCUGAUGUUCCUCCUCGUGGACCAGGGAGUCAUGAGCGACUUCUUCCUCCUCAGCCCCCAAGAAGUAUUCUUCGGACGCAUCCAGUCCAUCUCGCUCGGCUACAACUUGGCAGGUCUUAUGUCCAUGGUGUUCGAGAUGGUGGAGACGAUGAGCUGGAUGAGCGAGAAGCUGCGGUGCCAGGUGAAGCGACUGCUGUUCAACUACGAGACGGUGCUGGUCGGUGAGUUCAUCACUGCCGCCGUCCUGCAGCACUACCGACUCAAGGAUACGCAGCCGGCAGCUGAAGUGGUGUCAUACUACGUCAUGGGGUUGCUCGGGCAUAUUGUGCUCGCCUUGGGAUGCCUUACGAUCAUCGUGUCCACGAGAGCAAUCGGUGCAGUCGGAUUUGUGCGGUGGAGGUUUUGUACCAUCCGGGUGCUGACGAAGACUUGCAGUGUGGACGCUGCAUUGGGAGCGCGCAGUAAGUUGGUGCUUUUGCACGGAUACGUCUGGGAGAAUGGCGAGCUGUACUACAGCCCGCGCUCGUUGAAAGCGCUCGGGGUCUUAAAGGCAGUCGAAGCUGACGGGAGGGAGUUGUUCGUGCACACGACGCUGCACUGGGUAUCGACUCCUCACAACAAUCUUACCGUACUGGGGACUGCUGCCGCCGCCGGUGAUGAACAAGCGACUGCGGGCAUUGUACCAGGAGCUGUGCGACAUCGAGUCGGUCUCGAAGGCCCUUCAAGGCCACGACGUCGACCUGCUGGACGUUCGCGAGUGGUUCGACGAGCUGAUCGCUGUCAAGCCACAAUAUGGGCGCUACAUUGGUAA